AUGGCAGACACCACCUCGCUCAGCCUGGUAGCAGCCACUCUCAACGUUGCCAACAUACCUACCUUAACACCCAAGACAACUACCAUCGUGACCACCCCAACAACCACAUUAAUUAUGCAUUCUCCAACAAACCCCAUCUCUCCGACCAUUAACAUCCCAACCACCCCUGUGAUCGUCCACAAUACUCAAGGCGACUGUCUCCCCCAAGCCCCUGGCUACGGCCCCAUCCCCUCAGAAGACAACAUGCACUCCUUCUACACCUCCCCUCUUCUCCGUUCACCCGCUCUAGACGCCACCACACCCUACGGCUAUUCUCUCGCCUUCCGUGAAGCAAACGCAUCCUACAUCGGCACCGAGUACCUAGGCUUCUAUGAGCUACAAGCAUACAGUACGACCGAGUGUGUGAGUAGAUGUCUCGGCUGGGGAAUAUCUGCUACACAAGGCGAGCCAGAGCCUCGAUCCACCCUCUCGUUUCCAGAGGGAUUCGAUUUCUCAGCUACACCCACCUACACACCAACUCUACCCACGCAGGUGUGUAAUAGCUUCAACAUUUAUUUUGAGCGUUCACCUGCUAUCAACCUUGGUCCCGAGUGUAAGAACGCGGGCAGUCGCACUAUUAUCAAAUGUGCGCUUUGGGGUGAGGGGGAUAUGCACAAAGAAAGUGCGACGAAUACAGGGUAUCGAGAAUGGGAUUUCGAGGUCGUGAUUGCGGGGUCGAAUGGGUAUAGGUAUGGAUCGGAGGAGAAUGACAAUGUGAAGAAGUCCGCUGGAGAGAAAACUGUGACACUGGAUAUCGCUAUGGAGGCCGUGAGAAAGAUCAUAGUAGGUGGUGUGGUGGGAUUGAUGAUAGUCGGGGCUAUGGGAAUCUUAGAAGAUUGA